AUGGAGGGUGGAAGGGAGAAGCUACAGCGUUCUUGGGACCUGGGAAGCAGACGAAAAGCCACGGCCAAGGAGACUCCUGUUAAGGUGAGAGAUCUCUCCCCGAAACUUCCACCUUCCGUUGGAUAUGCGCAGCGAGAAAGAGACUGGGGUCCCGGAGAGACCCCGGCUCUGGCUUUGCAUUAUACUAUUCCCAAACCAGACUUGAUAUGCCAUAUUGAACAAGGAAAGGAACCAGUCUUCAAGAAUCUGGCAAAUUUGGAGACAAGUGUGAGAAUAAUCCAGUCUGGUGGUGAUGAGCUAUCUAAUUCCAACAACACUGAGGAACUGGAACCUGCUACUGCUGAGCUAUAUAACACAAACAGUUUUGAGGAACAGGAAUCUGAUGCUGAUGAGCUUUAUAGCUCCAACAGUUUUGAGGAACAGGAAUCUGAUGCUGAUGAGCUAUGUAACUCCAACAGCUUUGAGAAACAACAAUCUAUUGCUGGAAAUCAGAGAGCUCUGCAGCUAAAUGCAAAGGAACACCAUUCAAGUGGUUCUCGAAACCAAGACUUAUCUGGAUCUUCAACACUGAAAGAGAGAGGUGUAUUCUGCAGGUCUGACCAAAGAAAUAACUUGAGAAAUCACUCUUCCCAAAACUCACAGUUCUCAAUUUCAGAAGCUAAUAGCACUACCAGAUCCACUGAGAGGGUGGAAAAGGAGAACCUGGGAACUGUCAGUUGCCAGGAAGCCCCAAGUGGGCAUAAAUUCUAUCCCUGCCAUGUAUGUGGGAAAAGCUUCCAAUUCAAAGGUCACUUGGUCAAACACCAAAGGAACCACUCAGACAACCAAUGCCAAUGUGAAAAGUGCAAAAAGAAAUUUAGCAGGCAAUCUAGCUGUAGGCAGAAAGGAAAGAACAAGAGAAAAGGAAGGAACAAAGAGCGCUUUGAGUGCAGUGAGUGUGGUAAGAGCUAUUGUCAGAAAAGGAGCCUUACUGCACAUCAAAUUAAGCACAGGAUGGAGGGUUUCCUGCGGGAAUCUACAAGGAAUAAGAACCUUACCAGAAGGGUCAACCCAAAGAGGCCUGAGCGCACAACCAGGGCAAAUGUCUUCACUUGUAGAGAGUGUGGGAAAAGCUUUUGCCAGGAGUCUUACCUGCGGACCCAUUUAAGCCUGCAUAAGGAGGAAAAGCUGUUCAUCUGUGGUGAGUGUAACAAGUGCUUUUCUUAUCAGUACAAGUUUAUUGAACACAUCAGAGUUCAUACUGGGGAGAAACCCUUCCAGUGUACCAAGUGUGGAAAGAGCUUCCGCUUGAAGGUCAAUCUGAAGAUUCACCUGAGCAUGCAUAAUGGGAUUAACCCUUACCGUUGCAGUGAGUGUAAAAAGACCUUUGCUCAUAAGUCAAGUCUUGUUAAACACAUUAGAAGACUUCAUAGACUGGAUAGACCUUUUAAGUGUCCUGAGUGUGACAAGACCUUCAAAAGGAAAACCACCAUGAGACUCCAUUAUAGCCUACACAGAGGGGAAAGACCAUUCCCUUGCACGAAGUGUGACAAAUGCUUCAGCCAGCAAAUUAAACUCAUUGAACACCUGAGAGUCCAUACUGGGGAGAAACCUUACCAGUGUCCUGAAUGUGGUAAGAAAUUUCGCCUGAGGAGAAGUAUGGUGGCCCAUGAAAGUGAACACAGUGGGAUGAAAUCUUUUAUCUGUGGGGAGUGUGGCAAGAGAUUCCUCAUGCAGUACAUGCUCACAGAACAUUUCAGGGUCCAUAGCGGGGAGAAGCCCUUUCAGUGUGGGCAAUGUGGUAAGAACUUUACCCGGAGAACCAACUUGAAUGCCCACAUGCGUAUCCAUACUGGACAAAAGCCAUUCUCCUGUAGCCAGUGUGGCAAAUGUUUCCCUCAUCAUUCUAAGCUUGCUCAGCACCUUCAAGUCCACAACAAGGAGAAAACUUUCCAGUGUCCUGAAUGUGACAAAAGCUUUCGCCAGAAUAGAAGUCUGAAGGCCCACAUGAGCAAGCACAGUGGGGAGAAGCCUUUCACUUGUAAAGAGUGUGGCAAAAGCUUUGCCUUGCAGCAUGUCUUCAAUGAACAUGUCAGGGUUCACAGUGGGGAAAAGCCCUUCCAGUGUCCUGAGUGUAACAAGAGCUUCUAUAGGAAGGCUACCAUGAAAGUCCAUCAGCGUAGACAUAAGCAGAAAAAGUCUUACCCAUGCCCCAAGUGUGAAAAAUGUUUUUCCCAGCGGUGUGAACUCACUGAACAUGCCAAAUCUCACAAAGAAAAGGCAGCUUUCCAGUGUUCUGAAUGUGACAAGAGCUUCUCUCAGGAAAAAUCUCUGAAAGUCCAUGAGAGUCUGCACAAAGCAGGGAUGACACUUUCCUGUGAUGAAUGUGGUAAGAAUUUUACCCGGAAAUGUGAGCUAAGUAGACACAUCAACAACCAUUGUAGGAAGAAGUUCUUCCAAUGUCCUGACUGUAAAAAGAGCUUUGUCCACAAAUCAUCCUUGAGGGCACACCACCAUGUACAUAAGAAGGACAGACCAUUCUUAUGUUCUGAAUGUGGCAAGAGCUUUGCUUAUGUGGGUGCAUUCAAUACACAUACUGCAGCCCAUGCUAAGGAGAGAGCCAAGAGUUCCAGGCCAGAGAAGAAUUCCAUGUUACAGAAGAGUUUCCGAUCUGAGAAGAAUUCCACAUCCGAGAAAAGUUCUGGGUUGCAGAAAAGUUCUGGGUCAGAGAAGAGUUACAAGUCAGUGGUAAUAGUCAAUAGUGCCAGCUCUUUGAACCAUAAGAAUUAA